AUGGCUUUCAAAAGGAAACUGAGCCGUUUCUUCGAAUUGCUGGAUUCGGUUACUGAGUUUCUCGCCACCACUGAUCUUGUUUUAAGUGAGAGUUUGAAGCAACGCAAGUUGGAAACUGCUUACCUCACCCAUAGUCUUGAAAAAAUGAAGGAAAUCAACACUGAGAUUUUAGAUUUGAAGUAUGACUGUGAGGCUAAAGUCGUCUUUAAAAAAUACGCUUACAAGUUAGCUUGGGUAAAGCUUAUGGACACUUAUCCACAAUUGUGGAAACAAACUGAGCCACUUCUUAUCUCGUUCCCGUCAACAUAUUUAGCGGAGACAGGAUUUAGUUCUGUCUUCCAGCUGCUCACAAUGCAAAGAGCAAGGUUGGACAUUUGCUUCAAAGGAGACCCCCGUUUAAAUCUGAGGAGCAUAAAACCUGACAUUCAAGCUUUAACUUGA